AUGACAGGUCGUGGCAAAGGAGGAAAAGGUCUUGGAAAGGGCGGAGCGAAACGGCAUCGUAAAGUACUCCGUGAUAACAUCCAGGGUAUCACAAAGCCCGCCAUUCGCCGUCUGGCUCGUCGCGGUGGUGUCAAACGUAUUUCCGGAUUAAUCUACGAAGAAACUCGUGGUGUAUUGAAAGUGUUUUUGGAAAACGUAAUACGUGAUGCCGUCACUUACACCGAACAUGCUAAAAGGAAGACGGUUACCGCCAUGGAUGUUGUUUAUGCUUUAAAACGUCAAGGUCGUACCCUUUACGGUUUCGGCGGUUAACAUACGUAUAUUAUUAAAAUGUAAAUCUAUUGAAAAAGGCCCUUUUCAGGGCCAUCAAAUCUAACUCGACCCAGUUGUAAAAUUUAUGGUUGAAUAUUUGCAAAUUAUAUAAUUAUGUUCCUUAACUUAAUUUAAGAUGUCAGAAUUGGUAAAAAGAUCCGAUUUAAUUGAUAUUACAACUUUUUUUAUGAUAAAGAUAAAUCAAAUUUAAUUAUAAAUAUAUAACCGAUAUAUACUAGAAAUAUUUUGCCUAUUUUAAUUUUAAAAUUCAAUAUUUUGCAAUUUUCCCACUUUUUUUUAAAUUCAUAGACGUUAAUCGCUUGUUUGAAAUUUUCUAGAAGCUUGGAAGCCCAUCGAAUGAUAAGCGUCUUUAUAUAUGGUAGUAAUUAAAUUCAACGUGGUAGUACAACAAUUCGCGUCCGUUACCUGAUGGUAUCUUAGUACCUAUUUCGUUAAUCAGUUUGACCGCACAGUGAACGUAUUCGACAUAAUGCCUAAAAUAAAAUCAACUUUAAAAAGUAAAAUUUCGAAUUGGAUUGCUCCUUACAAUGAAAAUAAAAAAGAUUUUCAUCAGAUGGAAAGCAUAUAUAUUGUUUCGUAUAUAAUGAAUCUGUGUCUACUGAAAAAAUUGUUGUAUAUUAUAAAUCUAUUAGAUCAUCAUUUCAAAACAAGUCAAUUUUGUAAUUUACGUUCAUACUACACGUAAUAUACUACAUAUUAUUUUUAAAAUACAUAUAUAUAUUUUGUUUAGUUUAUCACAUAAAUGCAUUACAAAAUAAUGAAGAAAAAAACAGCUUUUGAUUACUUCUCAAAAUUCGAAUGGUAAAAAUGUAUUUUUCGAAAAUCUAUAUAAUGCGUUUGUUGCUGCAAUUAUACCUUUGCAUAAGCAUCAUGUGUUAAAAUCAUUUUUGGAAAAAUACACUGGCAAAUUAAUUCCGGACGAAAGCACUUUAAGAACAAAUUACAUAACAAAUAUUUAUAAAAGCGUUAUGGACCAAAUAAUUAGUGAUUUUUGAAAUAAUUACGUUUACAUAAUUAUCGACGAAACAACCAAUCCAAGAGGUUUGUAUAAAUCAUUUUUUUUAUUUUCUCAUGUAAUAAAAUAUACUAUUUUCGUUUAGGUUUGGCUAGUGCAAAUUUAUUAAUUGGUAAAUAGACGGGACGCCUAGUAAAUCAUAUUUAGUUGCAUGUAAAGAACUAGAAUCCACCAAUUAUGAUAAAACUAUUUGUCUGUUUAUUGAUAACGCGUUAAAAAUAUUUCCUGGUAUUGAACAAAAAGUAUUACUUUUUAUUAGUGGUGCUGGUAAUUAUAUGACCAAAGCAGCAAAAACAAUUAAACAUAUUUUUCCCGAAAUCAAUUCAUAUUAUAUGUAUAGCGCACGCAGAUAAUAGAGUUUCAGAGAAAAUAAGAAAAUUGUAUUCCGACAAUAAUAAAUUGAUUAACAAUGGUAAUAUAUUAAGUAAUUAAGUACCUAUUUAAAAUUUAAAUACAUGUGUAACUUAUUUCGUUUAUUUCAGGAAAAAAAUCUUUCCUAAAAGCACCAUCGAGAAUAAAUAAAUACAGAAACGAAAUGCCGGCUAUACCUUUACCACCAUUAUUACAAGUUGGGGAACAUGGUUAA